GGCAAUCCUUUCAGUCUUGAAAAAUUUAUGUUAUCUUCAACAACUUUAUUGCAUCAAUCCUUUUUGGCUAUGAUUACAGAAUCCUAUUCUCCUAUCGGCGCACUUAUAAUAGUACCAAUUGUUAUCCUAUUGCUCGUUGUAUUCAUUGCGUUGAAGGCAGGUAGUAUUUGGAGGUGGAUUGUCAACUGUUGCCACCGGCCUGGGAAUACUUUUCAUCGUUCUAGAUUAUACCGGAGAUUCAAAACUCGAAAUUUAAGUUCCGAAGAUACCUACGACGGGGCCUGGAGCGAUUUGGAGACUACGAGAUCGGGUGGUUCUAGUUUUCUUAGCAGAGCUUCCAGAUUGAACACUUUUAUGAAUCCGUCUUCGGAAACACAUUCAACAACCUCAAUAUGGCACACUCCAUCUCACCAAACCAGGAGCUUCAAGAGCCCGAGGUCGAGCCGCUACGAAUUAUCAAACGUAGCCAAACCGUUACCAGUCGUAUUUCGAGCUCAAGAUUUGGAGACGCAGAUGAAUGGGGAAUGGCUGGAUCCCCAUUCGAUGAUGAGGGUGAGGGAAGCCCGCCAGUGGCAGCAGACAGACCCGUAGGGCCUUUAACUAUACAUAAGAUAAGAAGGGGUAAGGGUAGAGGCAGCAUUCUGAAUGAUGGCGGUUUGUCUAUCAAGGUUGUGGACAUUGUGAAGCAAGAUUGUCCUGUGAAUUCUAAAGCCGAAUUUGAACUCACACCAAAAGCAUCUGAUGCGCAGAGGAAUAAGAGCACAGGAAAUUUCCUGAGGACGGAGUUACAUUCUGUGAGUUCAGAAAACGACUUCGAAUCUCCAGAUAUUCGAAAAUUAGCUGGCUCUCCUAUAGUACCACAAAGAAAGAAAUCUAAAUCUAAGUAUUCUCUUUUGAGAGCAUUUGGUGGUCGACGGAGUGAGGAUUUGGUUCCUAAGCCUAAUCUUGGUCGAAGCGAUUCUUCAGCUUCGACGAAAUCACAUAGUACUCUUCUUCGCAAGCUUUCUCGUAGAACAUCUACAGCUUCUACAAUUCAAUCGAUAGCUUCCUCGAGUAUUAGGACUGUCGAGCUCUCUAAUCCGUUUGACACAAUUGACAAUCAGAGCAUUAAUGAUUCCAGGAUCAAUUCGAGAGCAUCUUCCUACUACGAUGAAACUAUCAUGAUAUCGAACCCACCAACACCCACACCCACACUCGUACCAACAUACAGCUCCUCUAGAGAUGAUAACUUUGUCCUGUGUCCACAGAUUUCUGUCACUCCGGAGAGUGCUAGUGUGAAUGCGGGAGUUUGUACAUUAUGGGCUGCUGUUGAGAUCACUGGCGUACUUCGGAGAGCUGAUGGUACGUCAACAUUGGAUGAUGCGGGUCGCACCUAUAGUACACAAAGCCUUACUCCACGAUUUUUAGACCUCAGAAGUUAUGGCAGUCUUCACAACAUUGCUGUUGAAUUCCAACCCGGACCAGAUUGUAUCAUAGUUGACCAGCCGGCAGACACCUUCCAAGCUAAGACUAUUCGAGUAAGUGAGACUCAUCUUAUGUUAGUUAAAAUACGAUUGAACGAAGUCAAAAAUUCGCAAUCACAUGCGAAAGAAAGAUCAUCUGACGAACUGAUUGAAAACCUGAAUGAAAUUUUGGGAGACAUCACUACCCAUUAUUUAACUGUGAAACUAAACUAUAGACACUCGGCUUUCUUAAACAUGAGAUCGCAGGCCGCCGAAGGAGAGUUCAGGCUCUUACCACAACACACUUUGCUGGAAACCAAGGCCACAGCAUCUAUUAAGCGUCACAAUCCAGCAUCUGCUUGGUCGCCUAGAAACUCUGGGACUUUGAAUUUGACAGUAGGAGCUAGUGUACUUACGAAAAUUAUCGAGAAGCACUUUUCGGCCGAGAAAUCUAGAGAAGCACUCCAGAAACUUGCGGAUGACAGAACAACGAUCCCAUAUUCUCGGAGAACCUUCGGAUAUUCGUCGGAUAAAGAAAAUCGGAAGUCUACAGCUAGCUUAUUGUCAUAUGAAGAUUCAACUAGCAAUUUACUCUCUCAUUCGUUUUCCAUGACAGCCAUCUCAAAUUUCAAUGCUCGAGGUAGCCCUGUUUCCAAACGUCUAGGUUCACCUUACGAUCAUCCAUUAGAUGAAGUAGACAGCGAAAUGGAUCCUGCCCGGAAAAUCUGGUCACAAAUGCGAAGGACCUCACGUCCUGCUCGUAAGCAUCCACGGGCGAGUAUCAGCGACGGGAACUACUUCAGCCCAGAUCAAGACGCGCUAUUCGAGUGUGCUCCACGAUAUGGAGGUAGUUUAAGAGGGCCAAAUACCUCAAUUUUUGAACCGCCUGAUAAUUUCCUGGAAACUUCGCUUGAAUUGACGCCAAAAGCAAAACGAGAUCGAGUUUCGAAAGGGAAAAGUACAAGUUCUGUGAUUGAUGAUGAUAGACAUCAUCUUAGAGAGAUGGCGCUGAGAAAUAAGAGAAGCGUAGGCCAAGAAACUUUGAGAAGUAUGGUGCCUAGUACUCAUAGUGUUGGAAACGCGUUCGGGGGUAGGCACGGUGGUGUUUUAGGGGCCGUAGCGGGAGUAGGAUUACCGGGUAGAAAUUGGGGACAAUGGUUACCUUGGGGUGGUUAGAUGUUGUUGUGGGUAUUGAUUGAACAUUCGUUCCUUAUCUGACUUAAAGUUGGACAUUCAGACGGUCAAAAUAAUUAGUUGAUCCUGUUGGGAUUGUUAUAGGAAGGGCUGCCUAUACUUAUGAUGAGAAUUAAUAAUUUUUUUGCCUCUCUUUUCAUUAAUAUAGUUAGUAUCAAUCAAUGCAUAUGCAUA